UACCAAGGGGGAUUUUCUUGAAGCAGGAGGACUGAAGAGUACUGCCGCUCACCAAGGCCAGCCAGGAAAGGACGGAGCAGCAGGUGAUCUGCCAAAGCUUCCUACAGCCACAUCCACCAGCACUAAGGAGCCACUUACAGAAGAAGGGACCUCCAAACCCCUCAGCAGGAUGAACAAGACCAAGGGAGCUUUUGAUAGCCCAGAACUUUGGAGCCCAGGUUGCAUGCAGAGCAGCACCUCCCUGAGCAGUCUGGCACCACCCUUUGCAUUUGGACAGCAGGCUAUGGACACAGCCCUGAACGUAAUCCUUAUCACUGUCCUCCUGGUCAUCAUGGUGUCUCUGGGAUGUACAAUGGAGAUAGCCAAGAUCACAGCUCACCUCAGGAGACCUAAAGGUGUGGCAAUAGCCAUAUUGGCUCAGUACAGUAUCAUGCCUUUGACAGCAUUCAUGUUGGGCAAGCUCUUCCAGCUGGGCACCUCAGAAUCCCUGGCCAUCCUCAUCUGUGGCUGCUGCCCAGGGGGAAACCUCUCCAACAUCUUUAGCCUGGCACUGAGAGGGGACAUGAACCUCAGUGUUGUAAUGACUGCAUGCUCCAUGGUCCUGGCAACUGGAUUAAUGCCACUGCUUCUGUACCUUUACUCGGGAGGACUGUAUGAGGGUGAUUUGGAGGGCAAGGUACCUUACAAAGGAAUAAUCACCUCCCUGGUGCUGAUGCUAAUCCCCUGUGCCAUCGGCAUCAUCUUGAAUGAGAGGAAACCACAGUACACUGGCCUUAUCACCAAGGCAGGGAUGGUUAUGCUUCUACUGUCAUCUGCUGUUAUAAUUGUUCUGUCUGUGGCCAAUAUGGGAAGCUGUGUCAUGGUUGUCUUCUCACCACCUCUCCUGGGAACCUCUGCCUUAAUGCCACUUACUGGAUUCCUGCUGGGCUACGCUGUCUCUGCAGCCUUCAAGCUUGAUGACCGGUGCAGGCGGACAGUGUGCAUGGAAACUGGCAGCCAGAAUGUACAGCUUGGCUCAGCUAUCCUCAAGGUCACCUUCGCCCCAGAGAUCAUUGGCCCCCUGUACUUCUUCCCACUACUCUACUUGCUCUUCCAGCUUGGAGAAGGAUUUCUGCUCAUCCUGGUCUUUCGGAUCCAUGACAGGAUAAAGCAAGCCAAUGAUGGAGCAAAAAUUAUCUGUGCAGGUGCAGACACAUUUAGUGCUCAAGAAAUGAAAUCAGUGUCAAGACAUGGCAGAAACAGUGGAAAACCGGGAAAACAAUGUAUGGAUUCUACAGCAGUUGCUCUCACAACCCUCCAAGCCCUCCCUUCUGCAGCCAGCUCAUAGGUGUCCAGCUCUUCUGUCAACUUACCAGUAUGCGCACUUCACAGCAGCCACAGCCAUCCGCACCCUGUUAUUCCCCAAAGACCUUGCUGCAGACUAAGCCUCGUUCUGUCAGCUCAGAAAGGAGACUUUCACUGACUUUCAAAGUCAUUGUGACAACCCUCUGGGACAGCUGAAAAACAUGAUAAGUGACUGUCCCCAUUUUACCUACAAGAAAAUCACUGUGUACAUCAGUUGCCUUUCUUAAUUUCACUUACCUGUAACUGCAUGGAAGCAGAUCCUGACAUUAAUGUACUUUCUCUAACAGGCCCAGAAUGAGCUGUGAAAGUUUCUCCGUGCAGAAGCCAGUGAGAUCAAAUGCACAGCCAAGCAGCCCAUGGGCUGUUGAUUUCUCCCAUUGUCCAACAGGUAUCACUGAUCCCCCAGCACAGAGGCCACACAAACCAUGAUCGUGGCUACACAAACUGCCUUUGUAUGCCGAGUUUGGGCCCAGCAAGCUGUACCUCCAACACCAGAUGAACUUUAAAUGUGCCUUCUUUUGUAGCAGUCUGAGAACUCAACACCACACCUGUUCUAGACACCACCUGGGUAUGGUCACACUACACACACAGAGCCAGGAAAGCUGGCAUCAGCAUCUCCAAUGUCCAGACUAUGCCUUGUAACCCAAAGUAGUUCAUCUUAAUUAAGAAUAAACCAGUUUGUAUCAAGAACCUACACUAAAUAAACUGUAAUUUCUUAUGCCAGAAAUCAACAUAAGCCUCUAUACUGUAAAGCCUGGGAGUUUAAUAGAAAGCUCAUACAACAGCCAGCUCCCCAGGGAAAAUGCAGGCACCUGCUCAUGCUGCUUGCACGGCAAGUAAGUGGUGCGGUCUAGAAACACAAUCCAGAACAACUAUUUAUAGAGCAGAUAAUACUCACAUUUCGCCUGACAGAAGUCUGUGAUCCCUUUCAUCACACCAAGUGCCUUCAGCCACCUGGGUUCCAGCUGAAGCCAAGUCCCAGCUGGACACAGAUGCCCAUCAUCAUCUAAGUUAGUAGGAUCAACUGACUCAAGAUCUCUACACAGCUGACCUUCCACCCUUAUGAGUGUGAAGGCUGUUUUACCCCUGCAAGUUAGAGCCCUCUUGCUACACACCUCUUGGGGUGAUCCAGCAUCUGCACCACUAUGGCUCUGAGAAUGAAGCCUCCCAUUCCCCAGAGCUGACUGGCAACAACCCAGUUAACUGUGGAUCCUACCCCCUCUAAGGCCUGCUCUCAGCCCAACACACUGACACCUCAACAGACAGACCCACGCAGUACAAGAGCUCCUCCUCCUUCCUUAGCUUGGCACCAGAGACCUCUGCAGCAGCAGGGAGAAAGGGCAGCAGGGCUGCAGAGGCCAAUGCCCAACCUCCCACAAGGCCAGACCCUGCUCCUAGAGGAACCCCCUUGCACUUCCUACAGUUAUCCAAAUCUGAGCCUAGCCUUUUUAAAGGUUUCUACAGAUUGCUAGAAUAGCUUUGUAAACCACUUCAUGAGAAAACACAUUAUUUAAAAAAUUUAAUUCCUAAGUUCUUGUGGUUGAGGGCUUGAGAAAUACAGGGACUGCAGAGGACUGCUGCCACUGGAAGGCACAAACACUACAACACAGAACCUCAUGGUACUACUGCUGCAUUACUCCCACCCAUUGACUUAAAAAUCCCUCUUCCCUCAGAAUGAGGACUAAUGCUUACAAAAAUGGUUUAUCUACACUCCAGUGUUCUCAUACGAACAUGCACAAAUACACCAAUGAAGAAUGCUGUCUACAUCUGUCUUUACCACUCCACACUUCUUACCCCAAGUCAUUAAAAGCUGAAUGACUCAUCCACUCCACUUUCUGCUAUGAACUGUGACAGCCUGAUUAUCCAUGUUCUUAUUUCAGAACAGACACAGCCAAGGACAUCACACAAUGUAUUUAGAAGGAUUCUAAUUCUCAUCCCUGCCCAAAACAGUAAUUACUUGGGCACAGCUCCAUCUUUAAAAACAAUUUUAAGUUUUAAAAUGUUCACAGUCACAACCACUUUAUGAACACCAAGAAACAAAGUAGAGGCAGAAAUGUUUCUUUAUACUUUAUUUGAACUAUUUUAUUCUUAGGUAUCAAGAAAUAAGAGUGCUUUAUAGAAUAUUAUUACCACAGGGCAGUGAAAUGGGCAUUUUCUUAGUGUAGUGCAAGUCAUAUUAAAUGAAAAUAUUUUAAAAUAAAGUUUUAUUACCAGUACUGACCAGCACUUAAUCUGCUGGCCCAUAGCUGAAACAAUGUCUCAAAAGCACAAAAAAAUACCCUCUGAAAUAAAGCUUUAUGUACAGCACAUAUAGAGCUCUCUUAGAUGUCUAAAACUAUUAGUCGGAAACAUUAAUGUUUUUAGUUGCUAUUCACAGUUGAAUAUACUGAGAAUUAAGUGUUCAGAUGACUUUAAAGUACAAAAAAAUUUGUUUUCUUUAGUUAUAAAGAGCUCUGCCAAUAUACACAAACUAUACACUUCAGACAUUCACAAAAAAAU